AUGUCUCCAGACUACGAACGCAAGAACAACGUCUACAUCCUCGCCAUCGGCCCAGAAUCCGACGGCACAUACGUCGCUGCCCGCAAAACCGAAGGCUGGACUCGCAAUGACACCCGCAUCGAGAGAGCAAUCGGAAAGCUAUGGAUGCAAGACCGCUUGAAAGAAGGCCUCACAACGCAGGCCGACAUUUCCAAAAGCAUCGCCAAGAAGGGCCUCCAAGCCCCAACCAUCAAAUACGAGCUCACGCGUCUACCACCUGGGUACUCUGCAUUCCAGAGGCCACAGGUACAACCGAACGGUACUACGAGACCUCAGGUUGGCGUCUUUGGGCAUCCUAACGGUCACUUCACGAGUAUCAACGAUUUUUAUGUUCACUUCAAGCAUCUGACAGAUUGCGUCAAGGAGAAUGACGAUAGGUCAAUGGCGUUUGGUGGAAGUGGAGGUGAGAAUAGUUUGAUAGUCGAUUGA